CGGGAAGUUUGGAUAUUCCCACUAGCAAAACAGAGAGCCCAUGCUGGUGUUGUAGACUAGUUCUAUUGCACUACGUGCUGUGAUUACAAAAUAGUUGAAGUGUCAAAGUACAUUUGUGAGGGCUGGAGCAGUCCAGGCAUGAGCAGCGCACACCUGGACGAGUGGCAGCGGAGGUCCUUUGACAUUUCGUCUGGCACGUGCACACCUGAACAGACGGCCGAUGCCUACCGGGCACACAUCCUGUCCAUUCAGUAUGCAUGGGCGAACCGGGAGCUUUCUCCAGCCGCCUCCGCCAGCCUGCUGCGGACGUACUCGGAACGCUACGCGGCGGUCCUGGACUCGGACGACCCGUGCCGCGGACUCAACAACUAUGCAGAGAGCGCCCUGCAUGUGGCGCGCAACCAGAAGAACCACAGUGACAAGUGGGAGUCGUCGCUGAGCAGCUCGAGCGUGCAGAGCCUGCCGUGCGUGCAGAGGAUGCUGCAGGCCUGGACGGGGCUGGCAGGGAAGUCCCCGGUGGCGGCAGCAGAUGUAGACAUCGUCGUUGGUGGGGAGGGUGGUGGUGGGAAUUGUGGUGGUGGUGGUGCUCCGGUUCUCUCCACAUCUGGUGUCAGGGUGGAACAACACCCCCUUCCCAGUGGUGCGGGGCAGCAGGCCUUCAGAGGCAGCAAUGGCCCGGCCACUCCAACCCCAACCACCUCCUCCCACCCCUCAGCAAAUGCAAUGCAGCAGCAGAGGCCCAAAGCCUGGGACUCGGGCAUCCACACAACAGGCCAGACUUCUGCACCUUUCCAAGCAAAAGCUUGGGACACUGGCAAGCAGACAGGCCAGGCUGUAUCUACAUCUUUCCUAGCUAAAGCUCCGCUUUUUGGACAUAAUACAGGCAGCAAUGCAGCCAGCCAGCAACAUUCAUCCGGUGGAGCCUCACACUGGCCACAGAACCAGCAGUCCGUGUUCAUCUCCUCCUCCUCAAACCCUGCAAAGAGGAAGAACUUCUACGACUCAGCAGGGGAUAAUUAUAACAAUAACAACAAACCACCUCAUACUCACGCUGGUUACGGGGCACAGGAUCCCCACGCCACAGGGAGGAGAGGCGAAGGCCUGGCAGGUAGCAACAGGGCCUUCAAGUCGGCCCGCGAGCAGUUCAUCGUCGACCAGCAGAAGAAGAACUCCCACCAGCCGCAGCGAGGCCAGCCUUCAGGAGGAGGAGGAGGAGGAGGAGGAGGGGCGGGCAUGGUGAUAAAGAAAUCCUUGGGUGCGAACCGUCAGCGGGGAGCCUUCUCGAAGUUCGUCUCCCCCAUGCCACGGCAAGACGAAGAGUGUGGGCCGUCAAACCAGGCGCCCCAGGAGGCCCCGAUCAUAGACGAGCGCCUGAAGAACUUUGAGCCCAAGAUCAUCGAGCUGAUCAUGAGUGAGAUCAUGGACCACGGCCCGCCCAUCACCUGGGACGACAUCGCCGGCCUGGACUUCGCUAAAACCACCAUCCAGGAGAUUGUGGUGUGGCCCAUGCUGCGUCCGGACAUCUUCACGGGGCUGCGGGGCCCGCCCAAGGGCAUCCUGCUCUUCGGCCCGCCAGGCACAGGUAAGACGCUGAUCGGCAAGUGCAUCGCCUGCCAAUCGGGCGCCACCUUCUUCAGCAUCAGCGCCUCCUCGCUGACCUCCAAGUGGGUGGGCGAGGGCGAGAAGAUGGUGCGGGCGCUCUUCGCCAUCGCCCGCUGCCACCAGCCCGCCGUCAUCUUCAUCGACGAGAUCGACUCGCUGCUGUCCCAGCGCACCGACGGCGAGCACGACAGCUCGCGGCGCAUCAAGACGGAGUUCCUGGUGCAGCUGGACGGCGCCGCCACCUCGGCCGACGACCGCAUCCUGGUGGUGGGCGCCACCAACCGGCCGCAGGAGAUCGACGAGGCGGCCCGCCGGAGGCUGGCCAAGCGCCUCUACAUCCCGCUGCCCGAGGCCCAGGCCCGCCAGAAGAUCGUGACCAACCUCAUGAGCCGGGAGAAGAGCCAGCUGGCGCCCAAGGAGCUGCAGGGCAUCGUGGAGGCCUCGGAGGGCUUCUCCGGGGCAGACAUGACACAGCUGUGCCGUGAGGCAGCGUUAGGGCCCAUCCGCAGCAUCCAGUUCAGCGACAUGGCCACCAUCACAGCCGAGCAGGUGCGGCCCAUCGUCCACGCUGACUUUCAGGAGGCACUCAAGACGGUCAGGCCCAGCGUCUCCAGCAAGGACCUGGAGCUCUACGAGGAGUGGAACAAGACCUUUGGCUGCGGACGCUGAUGGCAGAGACGAUGUUUUUUUUUCUUCUUUUGUCAGUGCCAGCCCUGUUUUGUUUCAAAAGAAUAUAUGAAGCAUUUGUUCCUACAAUGUUAGAUGUCUCUGGUAGUUAAAAUAUAAAAUUCCAAAUGCAAAAAGCAGUAUGUGCUCCACGCUCCUGUCCUCACAAUCUGGUGCGUCAACAGGAAGGACUUCUGGACCUCCUUUCAGCGAUAAAAUAUAAAUAUAGGUCUUAAAUGAAUAUAUUUUCAUUUUAUUUCACUGUCUAUGUGUGGAACUUUUGAAGUAUUAGAAAGAAAUACUCAAUAGAUUGUAUGUUGAUAGUUGUAGUAAAUGUAAUAGAUGUUGUAUUAUUUUAUUUGUGACUUAAAUGUUAAUAAAGCACAGUUCUAUUUAUA